GAUAAGUGCGUAAUCUACUGAUAAUAAGUCGAAUUAUAAAUUUGUUUGUCAUCUAAAUUUUUGUAAUCAUUGUAUAUAGAACUAUUAACGCUGGAGUGUUGUUAGCAGUUGUUGAGUUGUUACUAGAGUGUGUAGCAAGUGUAAGUUAUUUCGUUCUAUUUUGUAUCUAGCAAUUGAAAAUUAACAUCAUAGUGUAAAUAAAGAAUAAAUAUACUUAGUCGUAUAAACAGAUGUUCUAUAGUUGAGAUUUCUCUAAUCCAGAGAUUCUGUCAAGGUUUCAGUUUGAAACGUAUUUCGUGGCUACAGACCAAAGAAAGAAUCACGGUGUUAUCAUGAACCGAAUAGUGAUAUUUGGAGCUACAGGAAAUACUGGAUUAUGUUCUUUAGAUAUCGCUGUAAAUAAGGGGCUGAAUGUAAGGGUGUUUGUAAGAGAUGAAAACAAAGUUCCAGCACAUUUGAAAGAUAAAGUAGAAAUAGUUGUUGGAGAUGUUACCAAUGCAGAACAAGUUUCAAAUGCAAUAGCUAAUAGAGAUGCAGUGGUUGUUGUACUUGGCACACGGUACAGCUUGAGUCCAACUACUGUGUUAUCAGAGGGUAUGAAAAAUAUUAUAGAAGGUAUGAAGAAACAUAAUGUAGAAGUGGUAUCUGUCUGCUUAUCUGAAUUCUUAUUUUACAAACCUGAAGCAGUUCCUAGUAUAUUUCAAGAUAUAACUAAAGAUCAUCAACGAAUGUUUGAUGUUCUAAAGGAAAGUCAAUUAAAAUGGAUUGCAGUAUUACCACCUCAUAUUUCAGAUGCAAAAGGAGGUUCAAAGUAUUUAGUAACAAUUGAUGAAUCUCCUGGACGAGCAAUUUCUAAGCAUGACUUAGGUGCUUUUCUUGUUGAAAGUCUUCAACAACCAGAAUACUAUCAAAAAGUUUGUGGUAUUGCAAAUGUUUCAUAGUAUAAGAGAAAACGUGACUGGAUAUAACUAAAUUCUUUGAUUUUUUUUUCAAAUAAUGCAAUAUACAUGGUAUAUAUAAAAUUGAAAGUUAGUUGUUUUAUAUUUUAGA